AUGUCCAUACUAAACGGACUCAAUGAACGUCAAACACAAGCAGUUACCGCUCCUAUCAAUGGCAGACUUCAAGUGGUAGCUGGUCCAGGAACAGGCAAGACCAAAGUGUUGUGUUCUCGGGUAGCUUACAUGAUCGUUAAGCAUGGCAUUAAGCCGCACAACAUAUUGGUUACAACCUUCACCAAGAAGGCUUCGAAUGAAAUGAAGGAACGUCUCGAGUCAAUGUUGAAAAGUUCAGACAUAGAUAUUUCGGGUUUAUACAUGGGUACCUUCCAUAGUAUUUGCUAUAGAAUAUUAAGUAUCCAUGGUGGUAAGAUAGGACUAUCAAAUUAUAGAGUAGCUGAUGAGAAUGAUUCAAUGGGUAUGUUGAAUCAAAUAGUCAAUAAUGUAGCAGUGAUCGACGAGUUAAUUCAAUUAGUUGAUAGUGACCAUCCUGACUGGUUACCUUUCGUCAGCGAUAAGCAGAAGGUCAAUGCUUCAAUGGUUAGGAAACAAAUCUCUUCAUUGAAGGCCCAAGGCAUAUCCUCCACCAUGUACUCGUCAAGAGGGGGAAAGGACCAUAAUAAGGUACUUGAGUUUCUUUAUGAGAAAUACACCCACGAGUUGAAUAGGAAUAAACGGUUUGACUUUGAUGAUUGCUUACUUUAUUGCUAUCAGUUAUUGGUUAAAUAUCCAGUGAUGAACUUUAUACAACAUGUGGUGGUGGAUGAGUUCCAAGACACAAACUCUAUACAGUUGAAGCUCAUGUUUGAACUAGCAAAAGGUCUGGGUAAGCAUUUACAUAACGUUACCGUUGUUGGAGAUCCUGAUCAAAGCAUCUAUGCUUUCCGAGGAGCUCAAUCCGUUAACUUUCAACAAAUGAAGGAUCAUUAUAAAUCAGCAUUAUCAUUAGAUUGUGAUAUCAUCACCUUAAAUGAAAAUUAUCGGUCUACAACUUCAAUUCUUAAUUUAUCUGAACAAGUUAUGAGACAAGCUUCUGGUCGGCAUCAAAAGACUCUUAAAUCUCACCUAAACCAUUCAUUCAAAGCUACCCAUGCUCAAUGUGAAAAUAGUGAUCAGGAAGCUCAAUGGAUUGCGUUUCAAAUCGAUCAACUACUACUCAAGUUACCCAUCCAGGGAACAGAUAUUGCCAUUCUUGUGAGAUCAAGUAAUGAAACAAGAGUAAUUGAAAAGGCCCUUACAAAGAAAUCAAUACCCUAUAAAAUGUUGAAGGGAAGAGCUUUCUGGAAUAGAAGUGAAGUGAUGACUGUAGUCAACACUUUAAGAGUCAUUGCCGAUCACAAUGAUUCCAUAGCCAUCUUCCGAUGUCUAAGUUCAUUAAAAGGUGUUGGUGAUUCCAGUAUAUCAAACAUACAAACCAGAGCACAGAAUAUCUCUUUCAAAGGUACAAUGCUCGAGAUGAUCGAGCAGAUCUCCUUAGAGGUCAUCAAGACCAAGAAGGCAAGAGAUGCCGUUAAACAGUUUAUUAAUAGAGUGAAAUUCUUGACUCGAGAGCUUCAACAAUUAGAACAUCAAAUCAAAUCAAUUGAAGAUGCUGCUGCUGAACGUUCGAACUUAUUGCAAAGCUAUUUUGAUACUGUGAUCGAAGUAUUUGAAUUAAAUAUUGUUUUCAAGGAAGAAGAAGAGAAACAGGCCAAUAUUGAUGAAGUUCGUACUGUGUUCAGUGAGUUCAUACCGCAGGAUAUUUCUAUGGAUAAUUGGAUUGGAAGUGAAAUAGAGGAUGACGACGAUGAUGAUAAUGCUGCUGCUGCUAUUGCUGACACACAACUAAAUGGGAACUUUCUUGUUCAGUUUGUUGAUUCUAUUGGACUUUAUCAAACAUCGGAUGAUGAAAAAGAAAAUUCAUCUGAAAAAGCACUGAAACCCAUCACGUUAUCAACAAUCCAUGGAUCUAAAGGACUUGAAUGGAAAAUCGUAUUUGUUCCAGGAUUGACAGAGGGGAUCUUUCCCUCUCGUUUUAGUGUUAAAGACGAAAGAGGUGAGGCUAUCCAUGAAGAACGUCGUUGUUUCUAUGUUGCACUCACUAGAGCUAAAUGGCUAUUAUAUUUAUCAUCAGUGGAUAGUUUUGGUACGUUUAAUGCCCAAGUUUCAAGGUUUAUAAGAGAUCUUAUACCAAGUCAUAUGGUGUCAUAUCAUCCCGAGAUCCUUAUAAAACCUCAGAGAUUGGUCCAUAUGUUUGAGAUGUGCAAUAGUACAUGCCCAUCAGAGUCACUACUGUUAUGUCAAGAGUACCAAACUAGUUAUCACAAUGAGGAUGGUUUACCGCAACAAAUCGAAGAAGAAAAUUGCAAAAGCAAAAACAAAAACAGGUUUUCAAAUGAUUUCAUUUUGUUUACAAGACCUCCAGCGGGUAAAGCUCCAUCAUACACCCCAGUUCGAGCAGUGGCUAACGUUAAACCCAGAGGGAACAAAGACGACUCAAUGCCCAACAAACAUCUUCGAAUUAAUUCUGGGUCUUUCCCACCCAAAUCAUCGUUCAAAUCCGGUUCCGCUCCAAGCAAAGCCCCAGUAUAUGUCCCAAUAAGAUCAACUGUAAAAUCCACUGAGGCCUGUGUUGGUAUGCGCGACACCCGAGCACCAACUAAACGAUAUGCACCCCACUAUGUCGUGGACCGAUCGGUCAAAAAAUCUAGGGCUGAAGAAUCAUAA